AUAAUUACUAAAAUAUUCGCUUUCCUGAACCAAAACUAGAUGGAAUUAGCUUCGAAGUUAAACAUUGGAGUGUAUCAUUGCGGAAAAAACCGCAGACGCGGUUUCGUCUUUGAGGGUGAGAGACAGUUGUCCUUAGCAAAAGUCAAAAUCUACAACCAGAGUCUACGGUUCAUAUCAUGUACCCACGUUGAAGGAUAGUCGCUUUCUUUGCCACAGGAUAAAGGGUCAAGAUAAUAUGAAUCAGCACUGCCAACAAAUUCAAAAAAACAAAGAAAAAAAAGAGAAAAUUUUGACUCAAUUUUGUAGAUUGUGAGAUUAGAUAUAUAUUUAGUAUACCCAGAUUAUUUUUUGUAUAGAAACAAUGCAUAGGCUUUUUCAGCUGUUGUUUUGAUACAAAUUUGUUUAAUAGAAAAAAGAGGGGUUCCUUUUCUUGAUAUUGAGAACGAGAUGCUUAUGAUCAAGAUCAAGAAUUUUAUCGUUUUAUUGUUUUUUUGAUAAAGAAUCUCAUUCUGGGCUGUGGCUUUUUGUUUCAUUUGGCUUUUACAUACCUUUUUUUUUUUUUUUUUCUUUAUAACGGUCUGUUUGCGGACCUGGCGAGAAUCUGUUGGCUGGCUGCUUCAUUCUUGAUGAGAUUGAUCAUUGAUUGAUUCAUGAUGACGUUGUUGAUUGGCAUUUUGAGAUGGGUAUGAGUUGGUUCAUGAGAAAGGGCGUGCUUUGAUCUUAUUUGUAGUGACUGAGGGUCAGUCUUUGACCCUUUGUAAGGUCUGCCUUCUUGCAAUUUGUGAUUUUGUUCAACUAGUUUUUGGUUCAAGAAUUUGAAGAUAGAAGAAUUUUCAGGUGCAUAUGUCGAAAAUUUGAAUUCAUUAUAGUUGAAUUAUAGAGUAGAUUGGGUUGCCGGGCAGUGUUUUGGAUCAGGGUUGAAUGAAGUUGGCAGCAGUUUGUUGUUUAUAUUAUACUAUAUAGUCAUUCUGGGAAUGAGAUGGAGAAGUAAGAGUUACUUUGAUUGGUGAUUUGGUGGAUUGCUGGACAACAUAGUUGGUUAUUGAUUCGUAAAAUUUUCAAAGUUCUAUUGUUGCUCUUGGUGGGAUUUUGUCUUCAUUUGGGGUGAAUUGCAUGCUAUUUAGUUUAUGGUUUGUUACGAGUGUCAGAUGAACAUAGCAUAAUGAGUGGGGGCAGUAGGAUCAUUGUUAGAUGGAUGCCCCUAACAAGACAUUUUCUGAGCUAGUUAGUUUACUAAAGUCGUGGCUCCCUUGGCAAUCAGAGCCUGCUAAUGUGUCAAGGGAUUUUUGGAUGCCUGAUCAUAGCUGCAGGGUAUGCUAUGAUUGUGAUUCCCAGUUCACAAUAUUUAAUCGUAGACACCAUUGUCGGCUCUGUGGCCGAAUUUUUUGUGCCAAGUGUACAGCAAACUCAGUUCCUGCACCAUCUAAUGAUUCAAGGAUCCCCCAAGAAGAGAGGGAGAAGAUUCGGGUAUGUAAUUAUUGUUUCAAGCAAUGGGAGCAGGGCAUAACUACUAUUAAUGAUGGAGUGCCGGUGCCCAACCAGGAUCUUAGUACCUCACCAUCAGCCACUAGUUUUAUCAGCACUAAAUCUAGUGGCACUGCUAACAGUAGUAGUUUUACUCUUAGCUCAGUGCCAUAUCCAGCUGGACCAUAUCAACAAGUGCAACCAAAGUCUAUUGUCAACCCUCAUCAACUGUCUGCAAUGAAUAAAAGCACGGAUAGACCUGACAAGAGUGCACCAAAGAGGAGCAAUGAUCUUAUUAUGGAUGCAGAAGAUCCAUCUUCUAACCAAUAUGAGUUUGCAUUGAACAGCAUCAGGAGUGAUGAUGAGGACGAUGAUUACAGCUUAUAUCUCUCUGAUUCUGAGACAAAGCUUUUCUCUCAAGAUAAUGGCUACUAUAGUCCUGUUGAUGUCUACUAUAGUCCUGUUGACUUUGAUCAGAUGAGCAAUGAUGAUGGGUCACAUAAAUUUCAUCCUCAUAGAGAAAAUAUUGACUCAAAAACUUUAAGCAGUUCUCCGAUGAACCACGGUUUUCCUUCACCGGGUUCAGAAGGGUUAUCACAGCUUGUUAAGAAAGAUGAACAUGAUGGGGAUGAAUGUGAAGCAUCAUCUUCUUUAUAUGCUGCUGAGUCUGUAGAUUUUGAAAAUAAUGGACUUCUCUGGCUCCCUCCUGAACCAGAAGAUGAAGAAGAUGAGAGGGAGGCUGCUCUGUUUGAUGAUGAUGAUGAUAGGGAUGGUACAGGAGAGUGGGGACAUCUGCGUAACUCAAGCAGCUUUGGAAGUGGGGAGUCUCGCACUAGGGAAAGGUCAAGUGAGGAGCACAAGAAAGCAAUGAAGAAUAUAGUUGAUGGACAUUUUAGGGCCUUGGUUGCUCAGCUUUUACAGGUUGAGGACCUUCCUGUGAGUGAUGAAAAUGGUGAAGAGGGCUGGUUGGAGAUCAUCACUGCUCUUUCUUGGGAGGCUGCUACCCUUUUGAAGCCAGACAGAAGCAAAGGGGGAGGGAUGGACCCUGGUGGAUAUUUUAAAGUGAAAUGCAUAGCUUCUGGACAUCGCUGUGAGAGUAUGGUUCUCAAAGGAGUUGUUUGCAAGAAAAAUGUUGCUCAUCGACGAAUGACUUCAAAAAUGGAGAAACCUCGGUUGUUGAUCCUUGGUGGAGCUCUUGAAUACCAGCGGGUCUCUAACCUAUUGUCAAGUUUUGAUACUUUGUUGCAGCAGGAAAUGGACCAUUUGAAGAUGGCUGUAGCAAAGAUACAUGCACAUAAACCCAAUAUCCUUCUGGUAGAGAAAGCAGUUUCUCGAUUUGCCCAGGAAUAUCUUCUUGAAAAAGACAUAUCUCUUGUUCUCAAUAUCAAGAGGCCAUUGUUAGAACGCAUUGCACGCUGCACAGGUGCUCCAAUAAUCCCUUCAAUUGAUCAUCUCUCUUCUCAGAAGCUGGGUUACUGUGAAAAGUUUCAUGUUGAGAGGUUCAUGGAAGAUCUUGGAUCUGCUGGACAAGGAGGGAAGAAAUUGGUCAAGACAUUAAUGUAUUUUGAAGGCUGCCCAAAGCCAUUGGGUUGCACUAUAUUACUUAGAGGUGCAAAUGGAGAUGAACUGAAGAAAGUCAAGCAUGUGGUCCAAUAUGGGAUUUUUGCAGCUUAUCACUUGGCUUUGGAGACGUCAUUUCUUGCUGAUGAAGGAGCCUCUCUGCCAGAAUUCCCUUUGAACUCUCCAAUUACUGUGGCACUUCUGGAUAAACCAUCAAGCAUUGUGAGGUCCAUAUCAACAGUUCCUGGUUUUACUAUUCCUGGCAAUAUAAAGCCGCAGGAAACUCAACAUUGUAGUGAACCACAAAGAGCUAACAGUGUUCCGUCAUCAAUCAUCAGUCAUAAUAUUCGGAAGAUAGAAGAAACUAUGCCAUCUUGUUUACCUAAUGAUGCAAGCUUGUGGUCUGUACGACCCACUUUGAUAGAGUCAACUGCCAUUUUAUCAUCUACUUCUGAGAAAAUUUCAGAUGCAAUUUCCAAGAAAAAUGAAAUGGGCUCCAAAGAAUCCUUAAUGAUGGAAGCUUUUGGAGACAAAAGUGAGCCAGCUUUCAUGAAGAAUUGUCUCACUCUUAGUGGUGUUCAGCCAUUAGAAUCUUUGGGACAAUUUUCUAUGGCACACACUAACCAAGAGACUCAUAGCACUGCGGUUGAAAUUCAACCAGUUGGUUCAGAGGUGUCAUCUGUGCAACAAGAUAUUAAAAACCAUAAUAACCAUUCUGAGGAGCCAAGACCAUUAAAAGAAGAAUUUCCUCCUUCACCUUCUGACAAUCAGAGCAUUUUGGCAUCUUUAUCAUCCCGAUGUGUGUGGAAAGGGACUGUCUGCGAAAGAUCCCAUCUCUUUCGAAUCAAGUACUAUGGCAGUUUUGAUAAACCUUUGGGUCGGUUUUUGCGGGAUCAUUUAUUCGAUCAGAGCUACCAAUGCCAUUCUUGUGACAUGCCUUCGGAAGCACAUGUUCACUGUUAUACACAUCGACAGGGAACGCUCACCAUAUCUGUGAAGAAACUCCCUGACAUUUUCUUACCUGGUGAAAGAGAGGGCAAGAUCUGGAUGUGGCACAGAUGCUUGCGAUGUCCUAGGACCAAUGGUUUUCCUCCGGCCACUCACAGAAUAGUGAUGUCUGAUGCUGCUUGGGGUUUAUCUUUUGGGAAGUUUUUGGAGCUGAGUUUUUCAAACCAUGCAGCUGCCAGCAGGGUUGCAAGCUGUGGCCAUUCUUUACAUAGAGAUUGUCUUCGUUUCUAUGGAUUUGGGAGAAUGGUUGCCUGCUUUCAGUAUGCAUCAAUUGACGUUCAUUCUGUGUACCUUCCAACCCCAAAACUUGACUUUGGCUAUGAGAAUCAGGAGUGGAUACGAAAAGAAACAGAUAAGGUGGUUGACCGGGCAGAACUUCUGUUUUCUGAAGUACUCAAUUCCCUAAGUAAAAUUGCUGAAAACAAAAUUGGCACAGGGCCACCUAAUAGGAUUACGAAAACACCUGAAUUGCGACAACAAAUUGCUGAACUAGAAAGAAUAUUACAAAAGGAGAAGCUGGAAUUUGAGGAAUCAUUGCAAAAGGCUUUGAAAAGGGAAGUGAGAAAAGGGCAACCUGUUAUUGAUAUUCUUGAAAUUAACCGGUUGCAGAGGCAAUUACUUUUCCAAUCUUAUAUGUGGGACCACCGCCUGGUUUUUGCAGCCAAUUUAGAAAAUUAUAGCCUCCAGGACAGUUUCAGCAAUUCAAUUGCAGGGCAUGAGGAGAAAUCCCUCACUGAUAGUGAGAAUCACAAGGAUAUGGAUAUGCUGGAACUUGGAAAAGGCUCUGAAUGCUGUGACUCUGCUCUUGUGGAUGCAAAGCUCAAUAGGCACUCUGACCAAAGAAAACUAAAUGGCAACACUAAUCUGUCAGAUGUAAUCCAUCAAGAACCAGACAUGAAUGAAAAUUCAAAUCUUGGAAACAAAGACUAUGGUAAUUUUUCUGCUAGCCAAAGCAUGUAUGACCAAUCUGACCAUGAGAAACCUGAGGCAAAUGUUCGGCGGGUCCUGUCUGAAGGCCAGUUUCCUGUUAUAGAAAAUUUGUCAGAUACCCUUGAUGCUGCUUGGACAGGCAAAAUUCAGCGAGAAACUGUAAAACCUAAGAAAUUUUCAUUUUCACUUUCUGAUUCUGCUGCCGCAGAUAUUGCUGCUCUAGGUGCAGAAACAGAGGAGUUAGAUUUGGAAGACCAUUCUGAAGAAGAGAUUGUGCCAAAGGCUCUUCAUUUUCCUUCACCUGCAUCGUCCACUAGAGGUUCUGAAAAUGUUGAAGACUCUGUAAGCUGGUUAAGAACGCCUUUCUUAAGUUUCUACCGUUCACUGAACAAAAACAUUUUAGGAAGUGCUUCAAAGCUUGAUACAUUCAGUGAGUAUGAUCCGGUCUAUGUUUCAUUGUUUAGAGAGUUGGAACUGCAAGGUGGGGCUAGGCUGCUUUUGCCUGUGGGUGCUAAUGACACCGUUAUUCCAGUUUAUGAUGAUGAGCCCACAAGUAUGAUAUCAUAUGCUCUAGCAUCACCUGAAUACCAUUUCCAGCUAAGUGAUGAUGGGGAUAGACCUAAAGACAGUGGGGAUUUAACGGCCUCAGUAUCCUUACCUGAUUCAGUGAAUUUUCAGUCAUUCCAUUCUCUUGAUGAGAUGACCUUUGAUCCUCAUAGAAGUCUUGGUUCAACAGAUGACCUUACUGGAACUCGCAGCUCCGUGAUUAUAGACCCACUCUCCUGUACGAAGUCUUUGCAUGUCAGGGUGUCUUUUGGGGAUGAUGGGUCAGCUGAUAAAGUGAAAUAUACUGUGACUUGUUACUAUGCAAAGUGGUUUGAAGCAUUAAGAAGAAUGUGUUGCCCAUCCGAACUAGAUUUUGUAAGGUCUCUGAGUCGUUGUAAGAAGUGGGGAGCUCAGGGUGGCAAGAGCAAUGUUUUCUUUGCAAAGACCCUGGAUGAUCGGUUUAUCAUUAAACAAGUCACUAAGACAGAGUUGGAAUCAUUUAUAAAAUUUGCUCCUGGAUAUUUCAAGUACUUGUCUGAAUCAAUUAGUUCUGGAAGUCCAACAUGCCUGGCAAAGAUUCUUGGUAUUUAUCAGGUUACAACAAAGCAACUUAAAGGUGGGAAAGAAUCAAGGAUGGAUGUUUUGGUUAUGGAGAAUCUUCUGUUUAGACGAAGUGUCACACGGCUAUAUGAUCUCAAAGGAUCUUCUAGAUCUCGUUAUAAUCCUGAUUCUAGUGGCAGCAACAAGGUUCUGCUAGAUCAGAACUUGAUUGAAUCAAUGUCGACUUCCCCUAUUUUUGUGGAUAAUAAAGCAAAGCGGUUGUUGGAAAGAGCAGUCUGGAAUGACGCUGCUUUCCUUGCAUCAAGCGAUGUGAUGGAUUAUUCAUUACUGGUUGGAGUGGAUGAAGAGAAGCAUGAGUUAGUUCUUGGAAUCAUUGAUUUCUUGAGGCAGUAUACCUGGGAUAAGCAUCUUGAAACUUGGGUGAAGGCUUCAGGCAUCCUUGGUGGCCCAAAGAACGCAUCACCAACUGUAAUUUCACCAAAACAAUACAAGAAAAGGUUCAGGAAAGCAAUGACAACUUAUUUUCUAAUGAUCCCAGAUCAGUGGUCUCCUCCUACCAUUCCAAGCAGAUCUCAGUCAGAUAUAGGGGAAGAGAAUGGACAAACCGGGACCUCAGUUAAGUGAUUCUAUGAGUCUGUAACUAUAUAUUAAAAAAUGUAAUUUGGGAGUCAACUCUCCCAUUCUGUUUUUCUUUGUUCAUACGACUGAUUUCCAUUUUUGAAUUCUUUUGGAGGGCAAUUUUUCUUUUACACCAAAAGAGAGCCAUAAAUUUUUUGUUAGGAGAUGCGAAACAAGGCUGUCUAAAGCCAGGGAAAUUUCUGUCUGAGGUCCAAUAUUUCUUGAUCUCUGCAUGAUAUUUUUGUACAAAAUAGUUGUUCUUGUAUUUAGCAUUCCAUCGUGUACAUGUUUUUUAUGUCAACCUUUCUACCACAGUGAAUUAGACUCUUUUGGUGA